UCCUUAAACAUGGCGGCGCCCGUGAAACACAUGUCCAAAUAUUUUGUUCAAGGUUGUAGAGGAGCCUCUUGGCGUCGGACAUCAUCUAGGUGGCUAUUAACCACAAAGACCUUGUUAGAAGAUGCCUCAGCCAAGGAGACAGGGAGCUUUAAUGAAAACAUCCUGGAGCAUAUAUGCUGUCCGCUGUCUAAGAAACCUCUGAGGUAUGACAGAGGAAACUGUCAACUUGUCUGUGAUGAUAUCGGUGUCGCCUACCCAAUAGUCAAUGGCAUCCCAAACCUUAUUCCAGCAGACGCCCGCAUGAUAAAGACCGACAAGCCACUACAACCAGACAGUCAGCCUGUGUGAGCCAGGCUCCCUAUGUAGUCAUGUGUCAUCACCAGUCUUGUUCAUCUAUCAACAUUUGUUGGCCAAGAGUUCUUGAAUUGUUGUCAACAUAUGUGGUAUAAAUACUUCCUUAGAACCAUCUAUGUCACAGUGUCAAAAAGUCUAACUCAGACAAGACAGUUAUGUAAGUUUUGUAGUUUGAGAUUCCAGCAGCCAGUCUGAUGCUAUACUGUACUAGCAUAAAUAUCUACAACAGCAACCAAUCACUUCCAACGCCUGUCUGUGUUGCUCUGACAUCUGUGGAAGUCGCCUCAUCAGUAUAGAGAGUGAUAGUGCUUUGGUCUAGCAUAUCACUGAUGAAGGAAGGUCUCUCCGAAGCCUUUUGGAACACUUUCACUCUUUGUGCAUGUUAUGGUAGUAACAGUGUGGGUUGUCAUGGACUACAUUAGAUAUUGAAUGAUACUAAUUAGUAUUCCAUACACCUAUGACCUCAUUGUCAUGAAUAAUUAUUUAUUGGUUACCUCCUUUAGACGUAAGAAUUAUUUUAUUUAAAUCAAGGCUCACACCGGCUUUGAAAAGGCCUCGAAUGUAGACGUAAGACUGUAGACGUUGGCCUUAAAGAGGCCUCGACUGUAGACGUUGGUCUUAAAGAGGCCUUAAAUGUAGACGUUGGCCUUAAAGAGGCCUUAAAUGCAAAAUUAGCUUGAAAAGGGCCAUAAACAGUCAACGUCAAGUCUAUAUUUCAAUUUUGCUUUUUAAUUAAUAUGUUUCACAUAUCCAAGGGAAAAAACAUUGUUACCUGCUUGACUGCUUAGAAUGUGAAAUAUCAAUAAACAUUUCUUUUUGUUUGUUGAAUCUAAUCGGUUCAAGUAUUAUCAAGCUCUGUUUUGUUUAAGGUCAUUAAACCUGUUAAAAAAAUGUUGCGCUUUUCAUUAUUAGGGCCUUAAUUCUGUGUGCAAGAGUCUUAAAAAGACUUUAAAAUUGCUGACUUAAAUGAACUGUAUGAACCAUGUUAAUAUACUCACUAAAUGUGUAUGCACUAUAUUCUAAGCAUGUACAUUUAAAUAGGAAUUGCAUAUCAAAUGUAACAUAUCUUUUAAUUUGUACACAUAUUCUGGGUUAGUGACUGAAAAAAAGUAAUAAAUGUUUUCCCUCCUAUAA